AUGAACGGCGCCGUUCCUCCAACUCCACGUCGUCGGCACGGGAGGUCUGCCACAGCCAUCGUGGAUCUGCGCAGCAUCUCGCGCUCCGAAUCAUACCCCACUUCCAAUGUCCGCCCAGAGCAGCGUGCGCAGCCUUGGGGUGGGGAGCUCCUGACAGAAAGCCCAGGCGCGAGUGGCUCUCACGCCCGCAUGACCGCCACCAAGAUCAUGACUUCUGUGCGGCGGUCCUUCAGCACUCCCAGGAAACGCGAUGCCAGUCCAAUGGGCAUGUACUCGACUGCUGUCGAGAGCAGGCCCCCCGCAUUGCCCCGAUACAGCAUCCAGGAUGCGCCGCGUCCCACGAUCCAGCAAAUAGCCAUGGGCCUGCACAUAUCGCGCACGCCGCACCUUCACCCUCCACACAGCCCCCCGCCAUACCCGCCGCGCGGGCGACAUCCUUCAGACGAAACAUUUCAUUCGCAUGGCUCUUCAUCGCCUGUGAAACCCCUCCCAGUACUUGCGGUGGCUGGCGAACGUAGACGCGGCUCAGCUUCCGCUAGCAUGCUCCCCCCACCCCCAAAACGCUCGUCGCUCAAGAAACCUGGUACGCCGACAACGCCGCGCAGCACAGCGUCCUCAGCGGUGCUCACCCCGACCGCAUCAGAUCUGUCCCUCACGGGCUCCACGCUUACGGCGGCCGUUCCCCCACCCCAGGCACGACAAAAUCGGAGCGGGUCGAUGACUCUCCUUCCCGCGCGAUUACAGAUGAGCAUGUCGCGGUUACUGCGCGUACAAAGCAGUCGCAAGACUUCAAUGGCGAACCCUACGAUGUCAACGACGUCGACCUCUGACGGCGACUCGCUCUCAGCCGAACUCUCCCCGCGCAAGACAGUACGCUUCUCGAGUUCGCCAUCCGUCGACGAACACGAAGCGGUGUCGUGA